GUGAUCGCUACUGGUCAUAUCUCCACUGCGCGGUAUUGUCUGCGACAUGAUGACACACCAAGAGACCGUGAUCCGAAUACACUCGCCAUCAGUUGCGAAGUUUGACCGAAGUUUGACCGCCAGGCCAGAUUUGGAAGGUGCUCCUAUCUCUAGACUUACUCUUAUCCUUUCGUGAUUCAUCACAAGUCGUUGCUCGCUGCUCAAAUCUCCGGCUAGUCAAGUAUAUCGUCCUUGUCGCAUCGCUUGACCUGAUUCGUAUUCUGUCUUGAUUGAGGCCGCGAGUACAGGUGAAUGGUGAAGGAAACUUGUUCGAAGUCCGACUGAGCUAUAGGAUCUGAGCUUUACCCAACAACACGAUUGACGCGGAGCCCCCCUUAACUCAGCGCCAGUCGUCUUGUUGAAACAGGGCUCGUGGGUAUAGAAACAAUCACAUGGCCACUUUUCACGGUCGUGUUUUGUG